AUGAGCCUUCUAGUGAAGCAAAGUGAAUACAAAGUUAUUGAACAAUUAGGUCGRACACCCGCAAAGAUCUCUAUAUUAUCUUUACUGUUAUCCUCUGAAACGCAUCAGAAUGCACUGUUUGAGGCCUUGAAGCAGGCUUUCGUUYCACAAGACAUCACAGUGGAUAAUUUGAGCAACGUUGUGGGGAAUAUAACGGCAUCUAGCUCAAUCACUUUUACAGAUGAGGAGAUACCACUAGAGGCAAAAGUCCUUGUGGAAAAUGGAUCUUCUUUAAACAUAAUGCCAAGAUCCACGCUAGAGAAGUUAUCGGUUUAUAUGUCCCAUAUGAGACCUAGUACUGUGAUACUUAUAGUUUCUUGCUGGGGCGACCAUGGAUACAUUCGGCAGGAGCAGUUCCAUCCACUUUACAUCAGAAAAUUAAAUUUGCGGGUUGACCAAAAGUUAGUGAUCAUAUYGGGACAAGAAGACAUUCUAGUCUCAAGGCUUGCUUCGAUGCCAUAUGUUGAAGCAGCAGAAGAAGCUUUUGAGUCUUCAUUCCAAUCAUUCGAGAUUGCAAAUGCUACAACUUUACAUGGGAAGUUUGGAAGACCUAAGCCACGACUUUUAGAGACCGCCUUUAAAGGAGACAAUGCGAGCUUAGACAAACUGCUGAUGAUGGCUAAGAAUACAAAGAAGUUCGGGUUGGGGUAUAAACCAAGUAGAGGCGACAUCAUUAGAGUGUGGAGUCUGGAAAAAGCAAAACGACUCUCAAGAUUUGAGAAUGAGGAGCGUGAUUACCCUAGRAGGACUGUUCCACCUCUCAGCCACUCUUUCAGAAGUGCCGGCAUAAUCCAUCAGGAGUACGAUGAGAGCUCUGUAGUGGCAGGAGUGACAGAAGAAAGAGAGCAAGUCGGACCUUUUGUCUACCCGUGCCCGGAUGGUUUCGAGCUGAGCAAUUGGAGUGUGUUAGAGCUACCGUCUUUUGUAAAUAAUAAAUCAAAUAWUAYUGAGAUUGAAUGCGAUAAUGAUUCGAAAUACGAGCUCGAUACACCUAUAUACAAUAUCGAGUCUGAUGAGGAAAUAGAUGACGAGUUCUCURCUGAGUUAUUGAGAAUGCUAGCAGAAGAAGAAAAGAUGUUGGGACCCCAUGAAGAAUUAACUGAGACAAUUAACUUGGGAUCACAAGCCGAAGCCAAAGAGGUUAAAAUAGGCACUAAUAUGUCUUCAGAGAGUCGCAAAAAGUUGAUAGAGUUACUUCAUGAAUAUGCUGAUGUUUUUGCUUGGUCCUAUCAAGAUAUACCUGGUUUAGAUACAGACAUCGUAGUGCAUAAAUUGUCGAUCAACCCAGAGUUCAAGCCGGUGAGGCAGAAGUUACGAAAAAUGAGGCCGGAUAUGUUGAUCAAAAUAAAAGAUGAAGUAAGGAAGAAAAUUGAUGCAGGAUUCCUUACAGUAUCUAAUUACCCUGAGUGGGUGGCAAACAUUGUCCMUGUACCAAAGAAAAAUGGACAAGUAAGAAUGUGUGUGGAUUAUAGAGACUUGAAUCGUGCAAGUCCAAAAGACAACUUCCCGCUUCCUCAUAUCGAUGUGUUGGUUGAUAAUACUGUUAUGUUCUCAACCUUCUCCUUUAUGGAUGGGUUCUUAGGCUACAAUCAGAUUCAGAUGGCACCUGAGGAUCGUGAAAAAACCACAUUCAUUACGCUGUGGGGAACUUUCUGCUACAAAGUUAUGCCAUUUGGGCUAAAAAACGCUGGGGCAACCUACCAACGUGCAAUGGUUGCUCUCUUUCAUGACUUAAUGCACAAAAAAAUUGAAGUUUACGUGGAUGAUAUGAUUGCCAAGUCAAAAGAGGGCGAGGAGCACACAACUAUUUUAAGGAAGCUKUUUGAUCGAUUGAGAAAGUUCAAAUUGAAACUCAAUCCCAACAAAUACAUAUUUGGGGCAACCACUGGAAAACUCCUGGGUUUUGUAGUAAGCCAAAAAGGCAUUAAAGUUGACCCGGAUAAAGUCAAAGCAAUCUUAGAGAUGCCACCUCCAUGGACGCAGAAAGAAGUCAGAGGAUUUCUAGGACGACUCAACUACAUCGCAAGGUUCAUAUCUCACUUAACAGUAACUUGCGAACCYAUCUUUAAAUUGCUCCGCAAGAACAACGAUGGGGUAUGGAGUGAAGAUUGUCAAGCAGUAUUUGAUAAGAUUAAGAAGUAUUUGCAAGACCCUCCAGUUCUUGUGCCACCAACUCUAGGACGACCCCUUAUUUUAUAUCUCAUAGUGACUGAAGACUCAAUGAGAUGUGUACUGGGGCAGCAUGAUGAUUCAGGUAGAAAAGAACGUGCAUAA